GGUCAUUAUUAGGCGAAAGAAAGCAGGAGGGGGGUUGGUGUUUGCAUAAGAUUUAGGUGCGGUGUAUCUUCAUUCAACUAUGGAUGUUAUUACGACAUGCGUGGGCGAAAUCCAAGGAAAGGCUGUUGAGAUUCUGGAGUUACAUCAUCGCCAGGGUGAUGGUUGUGGUAAGGACUUCAGGUACAACAGACGGGUUAAUAGUGCGACGGUUCGACACUACCGUGUUACAGCGGAUGGGAGGUUGGUUCUGAAGUUGUGUGUAGGCUUAGGUUAUUGGGAUGGUUUGCUUCGCGAAGUGACUGUAUUUGUGAUAAAGGCAUCAGAGGAUAUCCCGAAUGAGGUUCCUGAUGGGGGGGUGGAUGAGGUGGCGGAAAUGGUUGAGCUACUAACGAGUGAUCUUCUACAGGAGCAUGGAGGGAAGCAGAUUGAUUUUGUCGAAUGGGAGGCGGUGUUGGAGGCACCAUUGGUCGGGUCCAGUGAUGCUGAGAAACCUCAUCUGCAAGCACUCUUAGAUGGUGCAAUAAAAUGGGAACAGGAGAUAGAGAAGGAGAGGAAGGAGACCUUGCUAAAAAGACAAGUGGCCCUCCUAGAGACUGUCCCCUCACUGACUGAAGAGCAGUGUGGGGAACAGUUGCAGUCCAUACUUACAGCCUUUGUUCAUAUCAGGAAUCUUGAGGACCAUACCACUCAGAUCGCUGAAGUCUUUGCAAAGUUGCAGACACUUCAGGAUGAUCUGACUGAGAUGACCCUCAAGUACCAUGAAUUGACAAAGGAGGUGGCUGACCUGCGACAAGCCCAAGUGGCCAACCCUCUUCCUCUACCUCCCGGAUCUGAAGCUGCAAUCGAAAUUACCUCUGCCCUUCUUACUGUAUCUUCUUCUACCUCUUCUUCGAGUGUGCUGACAACCCCCUCGGGACCUGCAGCAGGUGCAAAUUCCGUUGUUGCUGUAACAAGCAAUGAGGCUAGAACUUCUGCAACUGCUGCAGCCCCAAGACCGGAACCAGCUGCAGCUGGUCCCAGCUACGCCAGUCCCUAUGUGGACCGAAAGGCGGUACAACUGUCGUCUAAGUACGACAGCAAGGAAGACAUCGAGUCCUGGAUCGGCUCCAUGAGGGCCUACUUUGAGAUUCUGGGAACUCAACCUGAGAACCAGGCGGUGAUAAUGGGAAUGAAUGUCGAGCCAGUCGUACGGGGCUUCCUAGAAGUCCAAGCGACACGGGAUGGGUUCCCAAAGGCUGCACUAGCCAAAUGGCUAAGGAUCAUCCUGGUUGCCUCCCUCGAAGAUCUCCUUAUCUCACAAUACCAAGAUCCACAUGUUGGUGCUAAAGCAAGGAUUCAACUUGACAAAGUAAAGCACAGCAAGUGGAAUGACUCCAUGAAAAGCCCGCAGAACUAUCUAAGCAAGAUGUUUGCCACUCCUGGUUUGGAAUUGUCCGCUCAAUCUUGUUUGGAUGUGGUUAAGGGCGCGGUUCCAACUAACUUCACUAGCGGGUGCAAGGUCUUCUCCAAGAUCGAUCUCAAGUCUGGCUACCACCAGAUUGAAGUCGAUCCUGCGGACCAGCACAAGACUGCGUUCAAAACACGCGACGGGCUUUAUGAGUUCACCGUAAUGCCCUUCGGUCUCACGAACGCACUAGCGACUUUCCAAAGCCUCAUGGACAAGGUCCUCCGCGAACAGAUUGGCCGGUUUGUGGUAGUGUACCUAGACGAUAUUCUGAUCUUCAGCAAGUCCAUGGAGGAACACCUCAAGCAUCUUGAGGAGGUGCUCGCUAUCCUCAAGAAGACGCAGCUCCAUCUCAACUUGGAGAAAUCUGAGUUUGGGAAGGAUAGCGUCAUCUAUCUUGGGCACCCGUUGUCUGCUGCAGGCCUAGAGCCCGAGGCAACUAAGAUUGAGGUCCUACGUGAUUGGCCUCAGCCUGCGAACAUUCGCGAAUUGCGUUCUUUCCUUGGUCUCGCGUCGUACUAUCUCUAGUUUGUACCCCGUUUUUCUAUCAUUGCUCGUCCGUUGUCGCGACUAACCAGUAAAAAUGUGUCUUAUUCCUGGGAUGCCGCGUGUACGGAAGCUUUUCGAACUCUCAAGGAAGCCUUGGUAAGUUACCCGGUACUCUGCAUUGCAGAUCCCAAACUGACCUUCGUAGUUACUACGGAUGCAAGUCAAUAUGGAAUCGGUGCAGUGCUGCAACAAGAUGACGGCGAUGGCCUGCGGCCACUCGAGUACUACAACAAACGAAUGCCCAACGU